GCUGGAAGGCGGAAGUCAAGCAAAGCGCUUCCACUAUCAAAACAAUUAAUUGGUGCGCAAUGGGCGGCUGUGCUGGCAGGGAAUAACAUUUCCUCCUGUCGUCCUUUUAGAGUAGCUCCCGUUUAGAAACACACAAUGCUUCAACUGAAUGACACGGUGGAGCCGGAGAGUCCGGGGGCUGCGGUCCUCCACCCGGCCCAGGUCGAGGAAGGGGUGGAGGUCGCCUUCACGCCGCUGGAGGCCGGGCGGGGUCUGGGCCAGGGAGCCUGCUGCGGGCCCUUGCAGACGCUGACGCCUUUUCACGUACACAACCCCACCAUGCAGGCCAAAGUCAAGGACUAUUUUGUGUUCAGGCCAGGUACCAUCGAGCAGGCGGUCAGCGACAUCCGGUCUGUGGCCCUUCCCUCUGAGGAUGGAGAGGUGCUCAGUGUGUGGCUCCUGGCUCAAAUAGACCACUGGAAUAACGAGAAGGAGAGACUAGUCCUGAUUACAGACCGGUCCUUGCUGGUGUGCAAGUAUGACUUUAUCAACCUGCUGUGUCAGCAGGUGGUCAGAAUCUCGCUCAACGCCGUCGACACCAUCUCGGUGGGAGAGUUUGAGUUCCCGCCUAAAUCCCUGAACAAGAGAGAGGGUGCGGGCAUUCGAGUCCAAUGGGACAAGCGUCCUCGGGCCUCUUUCAUAAACCGCUGGAACCCGUGGUCCACAGAUAUGCCGUACGCCACCUUCACAGAGCACACCAUGGCCCACGCUGACGAGAAGGUGGCCUCACUUUGCCAGCUGGACAACUUUCAGACCCAGCUGGUGCAGGCUGUAAAGAGAGCCCACAAGGAGCAGCCCAUCCUCGGUCGGGCCAAUGGAGUCCUGAUCCUGGAGAGGCCCUUGCUCAUCGAGACCUACCUGGGCAUCAUGUCCUUCAUCAACAAUGAGGCUAAGUUGGGCUACUCCAUGACGCGUGGAAAGAUUGGUUUCUAGAGACGGUUAGUCCAAGCAAGACACAAGCCUUGUGUUUUGUGCGGCGCAAAGUCGAUCAGAGUGAGUUGUUGCAGCAGACAAGUGUUCAACCAGCUCAAGACUUGCAUGGACACUUUUGUUUUUAAGUCAUUUUCCUUCAAGAGCUGCCAUACUUGCAUGGGCUCCUCGAGUGUAUGAAAACAGCUUUGGCUUUUUUUUAAUACGCUCUGUAUUUGUCUGAAACUGGCAGUCCUGUGCGACUUCUUUCAAAUGAAUAUUUGGUUAGGGUGACGACAACGUUCAUGGCCAAAGAUGAGAAGUAUGUUCAAUGAAUUUUAACAAUCAUGAGGCCAAACUUUUAUGUGGAGUCACAUAAUUUAGAAUGAUACAUAUUGCUAAUAUGGGAAUUGUGGCGAUUAAUUUGCACUUUCUUUCUGAAUCACUCUUCUUGGUAUCUGUGGACAAUGAAAACAAUAAAUUAUCUUAUAUGACUCUUC